AUGAAUCGUUUAGUUCUCUUUUUGAUAUCGAUACUUUUUGAAGGUCGUUAUUGCGAGAUCGAUAUAGACGAAUGCGCGCUAAUGCCGAAGAUUUGCAAUCAUGGAGUGUGCGUUAAUGUACCUGGCUCAUAUCAAUGUUACUGUAAGCCAGGUUACACGGGCGACAGUUGCGAGCAAGACAUCGACGAGUGUCUCUCGUCGCCAUGCAAGAACGGCGGAACCUGCCAGAACCUCGAGAACAAUUACGAAUGUACUUGUGUCGAAGGAUUCGAAGGCAAGGACUGUUCGAUAAACAUAAACGAGUGCGCGACAAAUCCCUGCGCUAUGGGCUCCACGUGUGUGGACGGGAUAGCUAGCUAUUCCUGUCUCUGUCCCGAAGGUCUUACCGGCGCGAGGUGCCAAAUUGAUAUCGACGAUUGUGAGUCUGAGCCAUGCCUCCACGGUGGUCGGUGUUCGGACGGCGUUAACAGUUUUACGUGCGACUGCGCUGGGACUGGUUACAGUGGCCCCACUUGUGAGACCAAUAUUGACGAGUGCGCGCCUCAACCAUGUCGUAAUGCGGCCACAUGUAUUGAUGACCUGAAUGACUACCACUGUUUGUGCCAUCAAGGAUUUACGGGCAAAAAUUGCGAAGUGGAUAUAGAAGAAUGCGAGAGCAGUCCAUGCAAGUACGACGGCAUUUGUCUGGAGCGGAGCAACGUUAGCCUGUAUCGGUCUCCCGACUCGCCGCCGAUCCAGGUCGGCCCUCAACCGCAUAUGCUGUUGCCUCAGGUCUUCUAUCAACCGUUUUCGCAUGAAAACGCCGGAGGUUUCGAGUGCGUAUGCGUUGCUGGUACAACCGGGCCCCGCUGCGAAAUAAACAUCGACGAGUGCGAGUCGUCCCCGUGCGGGCACGGCAAGUGCGUGGACGGGGUGGGUGAGUACCACUGCGAGUGCGCACCCGGCUACGAAGGGGACCACUGCGAGAUCGAGAUCGACGAGUGCCUUAGAUAUGAGCCAUGCCAACAUGGGCGGUGCUACGAUGGCCACGCCUCGUACAUGUGCCUUUGCGAACCGGGUUGGGGAGGACGCAAUUGCUCAGUGGUGUUACAGGGGUGUAUAUCGGAUCCCUGCGCCAAUCGUGGGACGUGUCUCCCCUGGCUUGCGCACGAGACGGACCACAGAUUCAAUUGCUCUUGCGCACCUGGAUUCUACGGGACUACUUGUGAAAAGAUAACGACAAUGUCCUUGGAAAAGAGUAGCUUUGUAGAAGUGAAUACAUCACGCGAAGAAGGAUACGAUAUAUCGUUCCGUUUCAAAACUACCCUCGGAAAUGGACUACUCGCGAUGGGACGCGGGUUGACGUACUUCUUCCUAGAACUGUCGAAUGGUAGAUUGAAUCUACAUUCCAGUCUUCUCAAUAAAUGGGAAGGCGUCUUUAUCGGGUCCAAUUUGAAUGAUAGUAAUUGGCAAAAGGUGUUCGUCACGAUAAACUCAUCCCAUGUGGUUCUGUCCGCUAAUGAGGAGCAAACGAUAUACCCGAUCAGCCAGAACGAGGCGUUCAACGCCAGCGUCACCUCGUUCCCCUCCACGCGGCUGGGCACGGCCGGAUCCUCGUACGCCACUCUCACGCACGGACCGAACUUCUUCGUUGGCUGCUUCCAAGAUGUCGUCGUUAAUCAGCAUUGGGUUAUACCAGACGACUCAAACGGAACACAGCCCGAGUACAGCACAGAGCGUGUCGGUUCAGAGUGGGGCGAAGGAGAAGACGCGGAAACGGAAGAGGUUAACGAGGAGGGGGAGGGGGCGAGAGUGGUUCUGAGGGGCGUGCUCGCGUCUUGCCCUCGUACGCCGCAGUGCGAGCCCAACCCAUGCCAUUCUGGGGGACACUGCGAAGAUGCUUGGACGACAUUUGUCUGCUCCUGUCCUAGACCGUAUCUGGGACACACUUGUCAAUACAAUUACACAGCAGCUACCUUUGGUCAGGAGUCGGCUCGUCGCCACUCUGUCGUGGUCGUGACUGUGUCUGAGUUAGCCAGACGGGCCGUGCAUGCGGCGCUCGAUAUAUCUAUGUUCGUGCGCACGCGCAAGCCAACUGGCCAAAUCUUCUAUCUGGGUUCUGGCUCUAGCAGAUAUGGAGGCACUGAUGAAACAUUAGUGGCAGCAUCGUUGAAGGGUGGUGAGCUCUUGGUACAUUUGCGUUUCAACCACACACCCGAAGACUAUACAGUAGGCGGCACCAGAUUGGACAAUGGAAACUGGCAUCUUAUUCAGGUGGUGCGAAAUUCUACGCUGGUGCAAGUUAAACUUAACGGUACUGAAUACUUUAGAAAAUCAAUUUCGGCAGCCAAACAGCUUGACGCACAGGUUUUGUAUUUAGGUGGUCCCCCAACACCAGUCGCACCUGCCGACUCGACAAUUUCAACUAAUUCAUCCCAACCACCACUACCCGAGCCAGAUGACGCUGAAUACUUCAAGGGCGUCAUCCAAGAUGUGCAAAUAUCAAACGGCCUGAACCUCACGAUUGUAGAAUUUUUCCCAUUGCGAGUGGAAGGAGUGUCUCUUCCACAACCAUUCGGGGAGGUUGAGCUAGACCCGGAAGGAGUGUUGGAGGGCGUGGUCUCUGAUGACGUGUGCGCAUCUACGCCUUGCCACCACAACGCGACUUGCACUAAUACUUGGAAUGAUUACAUGUGUACAUGUCCUCGUGGUUACAAAGGCAAACAGUGUGAUGAAGUGGAAUUCUGUCAGCUUCAAGGAUGUCCGUUGAAUUCGCACUGUCGUAAUCUUGAUAGAGGGUAUGAAUGCGUUUCAAACGCGACAUUUGACGGAGUGAACACUACACUAACAUACACGCUACGGACACCGGCGGCAGACGCGCUCGCCAAACAAGUAGAUCCGCCCCAUAUGCUCACUCUUACUUAUAGGAGCAAAGUAGGUGGAACGCUAUUCCGUGCUGAAUUGGAUGACACAGAAGUCAUCGAAACGGAGGAGAAGAAUACGACUACUGGGGGCGUGUCUUGGUUCAGCGUGGGCGUCUACCGAGGUCAAGCGACGCUACAAUGGCGUCUUGGUGGAUUGCCGGCUCUGCGGACACUGAAAGCCCACACUGAUCCUCUUCGAUGGACCACGCUUAGGCUUACGCUAGCGGAUGAUCAAAUUAAAGGUGCCUUCGUCGACCCCGAUGGCCAUGAAGAAGUUAGCUUGAUGGACAAAAUCGACGUGGCUGCCUGGCAGAAGCUUAUGAUGCGCGGUGUGAUCACACUAGGAGGCAUCGGACACGCCUCCGUUAUUACUAAGUCACGCCCCCAUCCAACAGCUACGACAUUUAUGGUGGACAACACCACAGAAGCCGUUUGGGAAUAUUCAGAGGGUGACGAGUUCGAUGACAAUCUGGCUGGAGAAUACUUUAAGGGCUGUCUGGGUGCAGUGCACGUGGGUGGACUUCUGUUGCCCUACUUCACGGAGGAACAACUUUUCGUAGGUGCUGCAGCUGCGCUGCUUGCCGCGCAGCCACACUAUGCACUGCUUUCUGGUUCCCCAUGGGGCUGGAGCGAAGGCGUUGGUUGCGUUUUGUGCUUGGAACAGGAGUGUCAACGAGGCGCACACUGCGAGGAUGUUAGAAAUAGCUACUCGUGCGCAUGUCCGCCAGGGUACGCGGGAGAUUAUUGUCAGAUUGAUAUAGACGAAUGUGAGAACAAUCAGUGCCAGAGCGGCGCAACAUGCAAAGAUGACGUCGCCAAAUAUGUCUGCCUUUGUCCAGAGGGAUACGACGGUGAUCUAUGCGAGCACGACAUAGACGAGUGCGAGUCGAGUCCGUGUGCCCACGGCGGGAGCUGCGUGGACUUGGCCGGCGGCUUCCGUUGUGAAUGCAGUCCCGAGUGGCGCGGAGCUCGCUGCCAGCUGCCACGCGACAGAUCGUGUGCGCACGCGCCGUGCGCCCAACACGCUUCGUGCACUGAUGUCUAUGAUGCGUCCUCUGGCAACAACUACACCUGCGUCUGCGAAGAGGGUUGGGUCGGUGUGCACUGCGAGAUGCCUUUCUGCGAGGUGGAACCCUGCUCCCACGGACUCUGCAAUGCUAGCAUAACGCCACCUGUCUGUUCUUGCGAGCCCGGUUACAGCGGCCGGCGAUGUGAGCGCGAAUUGGACGUGUGCGCAGAAGCGGGCGAGGAUGCGUGCGCGCACAACGGCCGAUGUAGGACAACGAGGGGGCGUGCCGUGUGCGACUGUCCUCCGGAAUGGCGUGGCGCGCGGUGCGAGGUGGAUGUGGACGAGUGUGCCGAACAGCUGGUUGAUUGUGGACCCGGGAUCUGUCGGAAUCUACCCGGUGGCUACACUUGCGAAUGCUCGCCCGGUCUCUGCGGGGACGGGUGUGCCUUAGCAGAUCCCUGCUUCGAGGUGUUCACCGAAGAGAACGGCGCCAACCGCACCGGGCCGUGUCUCAAUGGUGGUUCUUGCUCGCAGCGAUGCAGAAAUACCACGGACUACUAUUGCGACUGCGCACACCCCGCUACAGGGAAAGAUUGCGCGCAGCUCCUGACGGCAGAUGAGGAAGAAGGAUAUGACACUACAAAGAUACUACUAGCGGUGGGCGGAGCGCUGCUCGGGGCUCUAAUCCUGGGUGGUGGCGUGGCUCUACUGGCUGCGCAGGCGAGGCGGAAGCGAGCUACGCGCGGGACCCGCCACCAGAGGAGAGGCUUAUCUAGCGUUAUACGUACUGGGGCUAGAACAAAAUAUUCAAGUGGCGAAACUCAUGCGCAAGCUCGUCGCGUGUCUACCAAAUCGUAA